CCGUGAUACCGCUCCAGUCUUUCCUAUACCCCUCCGGACUGUUCCUGGCAAGCUCAAGCAGCUAGAAAGUCCCCCUACCGGCGCCCAGAACCUCCACUCUUGGCAGAUCCCCCUAGGCUCCACCAUUUGCACCACCAUCACCUGCGGACCCCCCUACGAUCCUCACCAAUUGGCCCGAGGGGAUAGAGGAAUGAUUUGAGGGGACUAUACUAUAUUACCUCGGUUCCAUUCCGGACAUCCCUUCUAUAUGCGCGCGUGAAGCGAUGCUUUGCGAGUCACGAGCCUCAUGAGCUCAGAUUCGGGAGAGAGCCAUGUCAGCGCUGGCAAUGAUAAUGGAGAGGACUCGGGCGCUGGCGAUACCAUUCCAGGCUCUCCUGUAGAGUUAGAGAGCACAGAGGAACACAGUAUCUCGACCAGCCAUGACAUAGACGAGGAGGAACACCCGGCGCAAGAGCUUCAGAGCGGGGUCAAUGGCAUGUCUUUCGCAAGACGUGGGAUGGCUCGGCAAGACGAAGAUGAGGAAGCGUCGGUAUCAGAGCUUCCCAUGCGGUCCCUAACGCGGAGACCAGGCAGUCUGGAAUCAACAUCUACGCCAGAUGACACUCCGUCGAUUCAGGGGUCUGGAAUCUCUUCUCCUGGAAGCAGUGUACCGGCAUCAUAUGGAUCUCUACACAGAUCCCACAGGCCCACCUCUUUGCAGCCUUUCGAGCGACGCUUCUCCUCUCGACUUUCUCCUUCCCCACUAGGCUCUCCCCGCGUCACCUCCUCUCCCGCAUUCUUGUCGCCUAAGUCACGGCAGUCCUCAGUGUCCAGUAAUUUACUAAUAUUCCAGCAACAAGACGAAUCAGACACUCCGCAAGCGCCAUGGGAUGUUGUACGAUGGACCAAGCUGAAAAAGAUAACCGGGCAGGUCUUCUCGGAGGUUGGGAAACGAAAUUUUGGACGAGCUACAUGUCUCAGUGUUGCCGCUUCUCUCGUCGUUGGCACUUCCAAGGGCUUUGUUCUGGUUUUUGACUACCAACAAGUGCUGAAGGCUAUCAUUGGCCCCGGAACGAAGGCGGUGGAAUGUGGUCCAGUGACGGCCUUGGCUAUUUCCGCGGAUCAUUCAACUGUCGCUGGAGGCCAUGCGACUGGACAUAUCUUCACAUGGGAACUCUCAAGACCGGCGAAACCGUUCCUUCACAUACUUCCUCUAGAGCGAGCUCAAUUGGACGACCGGCGUACAGAUGGCCAUGUAUCAGGCGUUGGGAUUCUUCAUAUCGGAUUUCUUGGCACUCGCCAUACUGCACUUGUGUCUGCUGAUGAUGGCGGAAUGGCUUUUUCGCAUCUUGCAACUAGAGGCCUUGGGGCUAUUGCGCGAACCGUAAAGACUACUCGAAUAUUAGGGAGAUACCCACUGUCAACGAAGUCGAUGGAACGCCCGCGGAAACCAAGCUCAGUACUCGCAUUUGCCCCUUUACCUCUUGGAAAUGUGGAACAGCCGACGGACGACAUGGGCCUCACAGCGCUCUUGACCCCAUAUCUGUUGGUGAUAGUAUCAACCACCCCCCUUGCCCAGACGCAACACAAAGCGUCGAGACCGAAAGAAAUUGCCCCGCAUAGCACGCUAAGCGGAUGUCUCGCUUGGUUUCCCGCUGUAAAGCUAAAGAAUUCCUCUAGAGACCCUAGUAAAGCUGUUUCGAAGACGAAAUUGGUAUACUGCUGGUCGAACAUUUUGACUAUUCUGGACGUCGAUUGCAUCACAUCACCCCCAACGGAAAAAGAGAAGCCAACCGAACUCAGAUUUAGACCUCGGAGUCGUUGGAGAAGCGAAGAAGCCAUCGUUGCGGUACAAUGGCUAAGCCGAUCGGUUCUUGGUGUUCUCACGAUCAGUCAGCGCUUAGUCAUCUUGGAAGACAACUCGCUUCGAAUGACAGACACCUUCGACCUCUUACAUAAGCACAUAUAUCAUUCAGACCUCUUUUCGCAACAACUACGGCCUGUUGUAGAGCAACUUAACGAAGAGGAUACUUCGAUGCAUGGAGUUGUGGCAGAUGCAUUCUACAUGAGCUUUCGAGCUUAUAAAGGACGGCUGUUUCUUCUUGGCUUUAACGAUGUCUCGAUUGGCACGUUGUCCAAUUGGGCAGAUCGAUUGCUGGCACUCAUGGAGGACGGCGAUUUUAUAGCAGCCAUUGGACUCGCGACAUCGUACUAUAUCGGAAAUGCAGACAAGCUGACGGUUGGGCUACCUGAUGAUGACCAAACAAGGCACGCCCUUGUUCAAGAAAAGUUGCUGGAAAUGAUAUCUGCUUCGUUGAAGUACACGUUCUCACGAGGCGAUGGCAUUGUCGAUGGCGAGACGAAAGAGAAGCGACUGACGGAUCUUGCUACGGUAUGCUUUACCGGCUGCAUGAGCAUGAAUGAUCUGGAUUUCUUGUUCGAAGAUGUAUACGACGCAUAUGAGGAAGGUUCUGCAGAGAGGUUUUUCUUCGAAACUCUGGAGCCGUACAUCUUGGAUGAAGAGAUCUCCGCUGUUCCGUCUAAGGUGCUUAAGGAUCUGAUAACCUUCUAUGCGUCGUCUGGCCGCGCUAGUAGGCUUGAAGAGAUGCUCUGCCGCUUGAACACAGAGACAAUGGACAUCAAUCAAGUCACGACACUAUGCCAGCAGUACAAUUUGUACGACGCUCUAAUCUAUGUCUGGACGAGAGCCAUUGGCGACUUCAUCACACCACUGAUUAACAUCAUGACACUCAUCAAACUCAUCGACUUCGACGAAGGCGAGGACGAGACGCAGAACGUCUACAUGGCCUCGACAAUGAAGAUUUUUCCGUACCUAGCGUAUACUUUCACCGGCCGAGUAUACCCUGGGGGCGCCUUUUUAGAUGAUGCGCAGGCCCAUAGUGCUAAGAAAGAUAUGUACAGGUUCUUGUUCUCGGGGAAGAAUCUCGCAUGGCCUCCAGGCUCCGGUGACGUCUUCUUAACGCGGACAGACAGAGGGCCAGAACCGGAUUUUCCCUACCUUCACCUCAUCCUCGAAUUCGACACAGGAAGCUUUAUGAGCAUGCUCAAUGAGGCAUUUGAAGACGGCUUUUUGAAUGGGGAACAAGAUUUUGUAAAUGGCCACAAUGUCAACGGGGCGCAACUUGCUUCUGCCCUGACGCCCACCCGACAAUACAUCACUAACAUCCUCCUCGGCAUCAUGACGGCGGAAAAUUUCGAUCCAGAAGAUAUCAUAUACUUCUACAUGUUCAUCGCCCGGAACGUGCCAAAGUAUCCCGCUCACAUCAUUCUUCCUGGAACCUCUCUUCAUCAGAUUCUCAUUGGCCUUUGCAACUAUCCCACAGAAGUCGUCAGAGAUGAUUGUCAGCUUUCGGUUGAAUAUCUGCUCUCUGUGUAUCAUCCACCAAAUCUACAGAGCCUUGUACCGCUCUUUGAGAAGGCCGGAUUUCAUCGCGUGCUCAAAUCGGUGUAUCGAGGCUCGCAGCAAUAUGCAAAACUCAUUGAGGCCUACCUCAAUGAUGGUGAAGACCAGGGGCAGGUCUUUGAUUGCAUACGCGAUUGUUUACGACCUAGUCGAGGUCUAGUCAAGAAACAGGUACAUGAUGUCAAAGGGGUCAUAGUCAGCCGUGCAAGAGACCUAGUUGCUGUUGAUCCUACUCGAGCCGCGCAGACUUUGAAGCAGUACACUUCCGACCUUUUACGAUCAGUUUUGAGUUCACUGGAGGAUGAAUCGGAUGCUCAAUAUCAAUUCCUCAAGUCACUGAUCGAACCCGAUGUACAGCGUCCCGAAGAAGCGCAACCCCAACCCGAGGAUCUUCCGUCAGGGUUCACGGAACGUUACGUCCAGUUGAUGUGCAAGUACAACAGCACUCAUGUCGCAGACUUUGUCAGCCUUCUUAAAUCGGGAGACCUCAUGCUAGAUCCUGUCCUUCCCGCUCUAGAGAAGAGCGGUGUUAUUGACGCAGCCGUUGUUCUCAUGGCUCGCGAUGGCCUUGUCAAAGACGCAAUGGACCGCCUUGUGAAGCAUCUUGGUACUCUCGAGACUGCUCUUACUGGGUUGGUGAGCGCUGCCGCAGAUACCCCGGAUGCAGCAAAUACAGAAGAGGCGGUUCAGGAUCUUCUUAACGACAUCCAGAAAUAUGUGAAGGUUGGCAUAUGGCUUUCUCAAGGGCAGACGAGGUUGAUGGGGUCUCCAGUGGAGUCAAUGAUUGAUCGAAGGAAAUCGGCAUAUGGCGAAGUUAAAGAGCAGGAUCUUGCCCUUGAUGAAUUGCUCUGGUUGGAUUUGGUCGAUACAGUUGUUCGCUUGACAAAGGCCGUCUCAUCUGCGGUCUCGGAGCUAGAAGGCAUCUUUGAUGCUAUAAAUACUGAUCAGCCGAAGCCAAUCGACACAGUGAAGAUUAGAACGACACUUCGCUCAGCCGUCCAACAAACCUUCUCCGCACUCCUCGCCUCCACCACCGUACCGCCGAUGCCCUCACCAUCAACCUCCCAAAGUGCCACAUCAUCUACAACUCGCCCUCAACUCCACCACAGGAAAAUCCAACCUCAAACAAACACCUCCUUCCUCCGCAUUCUCCGCAGUUUCCUUCUCCGCGCAUCUUCUUCUUCCCCCUCGCUCUCAGAUCUCCGUUCUGUAUUGCAGGAAAUCUUCUCAGCCUAUACCUUCGAAGAAACGAUUCUCAGUCUCGCAAACCGCUUCCUCGAUAAAGAAGGCUUUGCCCAAGUCCAAGAGAUCACCGAACUCCGCCAACGUGGCUGGAGACCCCGCGGUCAAGUCUGUGAGGGCUGUAGAAAAAGAGCUUGGGGUCCUGGCGUUGGUGGCGGGGUGUGGGAUGCUUGGGAACGUAAGGGGAGGGUGGAUGCGGCUGAGAGAGCUAGUAAGCGGGCAGCGGAGGAGAGUGGGAAUGGGAAUGGGAAUGGGAAGGGGAAGGGGAAAGGGAAGAGUGCGGAUGUGGAUGGUGAUGGGCAUGGAGAGGAAGAGGAUGUGGCAGGAGAGAUUGGCAAAGGCCCGUUGGUUGUAUUUGCUUGUCGGCAUAUGUGGCAUCGGAGCUGUUUGGAGAAAGCUGUGGCGAUUGGGGAGAGAGUGGGGGAAGGGCAGGAGAGGAGUGAGCUUGUGGGAUUGGGGGGAAAGAGGCUCAGGUGUCCUGUUUGUGUAUAGUUUAGUGUGAGUUUGUAGCGUUCGAUCAUCAUGGAAACUUGUUCUCUCCUUUCUCUUCUUUCUUUGUAUGAGCAGAAUGGGUGUCGGCAAUUGAUGAUGGUUUGUUGUAAGAGCUUGAUGAUUAUCUGAAGGCAAGCAUUUUCAUGGCUGGUGGCUUAAAGGAAGUAUUUAUACAGUCUCAGCG